CCGCUGAGACGUCCAACACCCACCGCCGGUCACGAAUUGGCGGCGGCGGCGGCGGCGACACGGCAAGAUGCUGUCCCGCGCCCGGCGCCUCCACCCCGCCCUCCGCUGCCUCCUCCGUGCGAGCGCUGCACCCUCGUCCCCUCACCCUCUUCCGGCACGACACAUCCUAACUGGCUCCCAAAUCCCUAAACCCUUCCCCCUCCUGCGUCGCCACCUCUCGUCCCCAUCGCCGGCGCCGCCGGUGUCUUCCCCUCCGGCUGUGUUGUCCUCUGACCUCGCAGCCGUCAGUACCAAUGGCAGCUGCCCGGGCUGCGGCAUCGCUAUGCAGUCCGCCGACCCGGCCCUCCCCGGCUUCUUCAACCUCCCAUCCCCCAAGUCUCCCGACUACCGCGCGCGCCUAGCGCCCGUCACCGCCGACGACACCGACAUCUCGGCCUCUCUGAAAAGCGGGCUCCUCCAGGAGGGCCAAGAAAACUCGCAGGAGGGAAAGGCGGUGGCGGCCGCGGCCGCGGAGGCGGAGGCCGAGAAGAAGAGCAAGGUGGUGGUGUGCGCUCGGUGCCACUCGCUGCGCCACUACGGCCACGUCAAGCGCCCCGACGCCGAGGUCCUGCUCCCGGACUUCGACUUCGUCGCCGCCGUCGGCCCGCGCCUCGCGUCGCCCUCGGGGGCCAGGUCGCUGGUGCUGCUUCUGGCGGACGCGUCGGACUUCGACGGCUCCUUCCCGCGCGCCGUGGCGCGCCUGGUCGCCGUCACCAGCGAGGCCCACCACGCGGACUGGAAGCGCGGCGCGCCGUCUAACCUCCCCCGCGCUGUGCUCGUGGUCACCAAGCUCGACUUGCUCCCGACGCCGUCGCUUUCCCCGGACGACGUGCACGCGUGGGCGCAGGCCCGCGCGCGCGCCGGUGCUGGCGCCGACCUGCAGCUUGCCGGCGUCCACCUUGUCAGCGCGGCGCGAGGGUGGGGGGUGCGCGACCUGCUCAACCACGUGCGCGAGCUCGCCGGGGCGCGCGGAAAGGUCUGGGCUGUUGGCGCGCGGAAUGUGGGCAAGUCGACGCUGCUCAACGCCAUUGCUCGGUGCUCUGGGGCAGAGAGCGGGCAGACCUUGACAGAGGCGCCUGUUCCGGGAACAACCCUCGGGGUCAUCCGGGUGGACGGCGUUCUUGGUGCUCAGGCGAAGCUGUUUGAUACUCCGGGCUUGCUUCAUGGACACCAGCUGACGUCCAGACUUACACCCGAGGAGCAGAAGCUUGUUCAAGUGAGGAAGGAGAUGCGACCCAGAACAUACAGAAUAAAGGCAGGGCAGUCCAUACAUAUAGGAGGACUGGUGCGCCUGGAUGUGGAAGACUUGACUGUAGGAUCAAUCUAUGUUACGGUUUGGGCAUCACCACUUGUGCCACUUCACAUGGGGAAGACCGAAAAUGCAGAUUCUAUGAUGAAAGAUCACUUUGGCUUGCAACUGCAGCCUCCUAUAGGUCAGAAACGGGUGAAAGAGCUUGGGAAAUGGGUGAGGAAACAAUUCAAAGUUUCUGGAAAUAGUUGGGAUGCAAAUACUAUGGAUAUAGCCAUUUCAGGUCUUGGCUGGUACGGUAUCGGGCUGAAAGGAGAGGCAGUGUUAGGGUUAUGGACAUACGAUGGUGUUGAUGUUGUGCCCAGGAGCUCCCUUGUCCAUGAGAGGGCGUCGAUUUUUGAGGAAACAGGAUUCUCAGUUUCAAAAGUCGUCUCACGGGCAGACAGCAUGACAAAUAAGCUGAAAGGCAAUAAGAAAACAAACAAGAAGAAGGAGAUCAAAGCCAGUUCGGAUUCAUUUGAAGUACCAGAACCUUCAGAACCUGCUGCAGUCAUAGAUGCUUGAGUGUUUCAUUCCAUUCUGUGAUACGAGUUUCAGUUAGAUAAUCAUAUCUUGUAAACUUUCCGAUGAGGUAAGAAACACAUAGAAGCGUACAUUUUAAGGUUGCCCAGAGGGGAUUGCUGUUCACGGAAGAUCUUUGUGGGAGCAUGGGCGUCAUUUGGGCCUGCUGUUGGCUGGUAAUAAUAACCAAAUAUAAGCGGAGUGAAUCUUUUGUUAGUAUACUUGGCUCAUAAAACGGUAAGAGAACACCUCUCUUUGGCUUUUCUCUCUGACCUUGUUUCAGCAUCCGUGUAUCUAACUUUUUGUGUUACUACAUCGAACAUGCAGAACUUGCAGUAGUCAGUUUUUACAUCUGAAUUAUGUGACCAAAUAUUUCGCUUAA